CCGCGCCCCGCCGCCCCCUCCUCUCCCGGUAGGGCCGCGGCCGGCGAGUGGUGGGGCCCGCCUCCGCCAUGGUGCUGGAGUCGGUGGUGGCGGAUCUGCUGAACCGCUUCCUGGGCGACUAUGUGGAGAACCUGAACAAGUCUCAGCUCAAGCUGGGCAUAUGGGGGGGUAAUGUGGCACUUGACAACUUGCAGAUAAAGGAGAAUGCAUUAAGUGAACUGGAUGUACCUUUUAGAAUAAAAGUUGGUCAGAUAGAUAAACUUACUCUGAAGAUUCCUUGGAAGAAUCUCUAUGGCGAGGCAGUUGUUGCAACUCUAGAAGGCUUGUAUCUUCUCAUAGUUCCUGGAGCAAGCAUUAAAUAUGAUGCAGAGAAGGAAGAAAAAUACUUGCAGGAUAAUAAACAAAAGGAACUGGCAAGAAUUGAAGAAGCCUUGCAGAAAGCGGCAGAAAAAGACAAACCGAAAGAGGAGAAGAAAGAUACUUUCUUAGAAAAGCUUGCAACUCAAGUUAUAAAAAAUGUGCAAGUUAAAAUCACAGGCAUUCAUGUUAAGUACGAAGAUGAUAUCACAGAUCCACAGUGUCCGGUUUCCUUGGGAAUGACGCUGAGCGAGCUUAGCUUACAGACAACAAACGAGAACUGGACACCUUCUAUUCUGAAUGAAUCUGCAAAAAUAAUAUACAAGCUUUUGUGCCUGGACAGCCUCAGUGCUUAUUGGAACAUACACAGCAAAAUGUAUUACCAUGGCUCCCGGGAACAAAUACUGGAUCAGCUGAAAAGAGGAAUUCCACGUAGCGGUUACGAGCCUCAAGACCACGAUUAUAUUUUUAGACCAGUGUCAGCCUCUGCAAGACUGUAUAUCAACCCAUAUGCAGAAGUAGAACUAAAAACUCCCAAGAUUGAUUGUAACGUAGAAGUACAGAGAAUUGUCAUUGAAUUCACUAAGCCCCAGUACCUCAGCAUGAUAGACCUUCUGGAGUCCAUAGAUUACAUGGUUCGCAAUGCACCAUACAGGAAAUUUAGGCCAGAGGUAUCUCUCCAUAAACAUGCCAAACAAUGGUGGAAAUACGCAGGUAACAGUGUUCUAGAAGUUCACGUCAAGAGAUAUACGCGAAUGUGGUCAUGGAGUAGCAUAAAACAACAUAGGCAGCUUCUGAAGAGUUACAAAAAUGUGUACAAGAACAAGCUGACACAGAGUAAACUGUCAGAAGAAACACAGAGGCAAAUUCAGGACCUAGAAAGAAAGCUUGAUGUUUUCAAUAUAGUCUUAGCAAGACAACAAGCACAAGUUGAGACAAUAAGAUCUGGACAAAAACUACUGAAGAAGAAAACUGCUGAAGCAGAAAAAAAAAGUGGGGGAUGGUUUAGUGGUUUCUGGGGUAAAAGAGAAUCUAGGAAGAAAGAAGAUGAAGAAUCACCAGUUCCUGAAACUAUUGAUGAAAUAAUGACACCAGAAGAGAAAGCUAAGCUUUUUACUGCUAUUGGGUAUAGUGACAGCUCCCAUUGCCUUUCCUUACCAAAGCAGUAUGUUGCCCAAGUUGUGACACUGAAGCUCUUAAGCACUUCUCUUAUAAUUAAAGAAGACAAGAAUGUGGCAGAAACUCUUAAAGUACAGAUAAUUGAUCUGAGUACCAAAAUAUCACAGCGCCCAGGAGCACAAGCCAUUAAGGUUGAAGCAAAGCUUGAAAACUGGUACGUUACAGGCCUGAGGCAAGAAAACAUUGUACCAUCUCUUGUGGCUUCCAUAGGGGAUAGCAAGUCAUCUCUACUUCAGAUAGAGUUUAAUGUUAACCCAGAGGACAGUCCUGCUGACCAGAGUCUUACUAUUGAGUCACAGCCUGUGGAAAUAAAAUAUGAUGCAAGAACAAUAAAUGCGAUGGUAGAAUUCUUUCAGACAAAUAAGGGAAUGGAUCUUGAAAGAUUAACCUCAGCUACAUUAAUGAAGCUUGAAGAAAUCAAGGAAAGAACUGCUACAGGAUUAGUUCAUAUUAUUGAAAUGCGGAAAGUCCUUGAUUUGAGGAUUAAUCUGAAACCUUCCUACCUUGUGGUUCCACAGACGGGUUUCUACCAUGAAAAAUCAGAUUUGCUGAUUUUGGACUUUGGUACAUUUCAGCUGAACAGCAUAAAUCAAGGCAGUAGUCAAGCUUCUAGCUUUUCAUCUUUAGAGGAGAUUAUGGACAAAGCUUAUGACAAGUUCGAUGUGGAAAUAAAAAAUGUGCAACUUCUUUUUGGAAGAACAGGUGAAGACUGGAAGAAGGCUCGGUUCCAACAUCCAUCAACUUUGCAUAUAUUACAGCCUAUGGAUAUUCAUGUACAGUUGGCAAAAUCGAUGGUGGAAAGAGAUACCAGGAUGGCAAAGUUUAAAGUGUCAGGAGGACUUCCUUUGGUGCACGUCAGAGUCUCUGACCAGAAAAUCAAGGCAAUUUGUGAUCUGAUUGAUAGCAUUCCAUUGCCUCAGAAGUCAUCUGUGUCAAUUCCAAGCACAAAGGUACCAGCUAUUCCUAAAAUUCCUGUUGUUAGUAAAGGGUUACUUGAUGCACCCCAGUUGUUAGCAGAAAUAGUGUCAGACUCUGAAGAAGAAUAUUUUGAUUUUGAGGAAAGUUCUGAACCAACUGACAAGCCACUAGUUAAAGGAGAAGCAGCAACGAAUAAGGAGGUUGAUAAAGAGGAACUGACAGAUCUUCAGCUGAAGUUUGAAAUUAAAGAAGUUUUAGUAGAACUCACGAGGCAAAAGAAAUCUGAGGAAACAGUACUUGUAUUUGAUGUGAUGCAUCUUGGGACAGAAGCUACUGUCAGAACCUAUAAUCUAGCAGCUGAGACUUAUUUAAAGAAAAUAAGCUUGGAUUACUAUGAAAUUGGAGGUAAAAAAACACCCAUUCAUCUGAUUAGUUCCUCAGAUAAACCUGGCUUAGACCUUCUGAAGGUGGAAUAUAUCAAGGCUGACAGAAAUGGACCACACUUUCAGACAAACUUUGACAACACUGAACAGAUGAUUCAGGUAGCUUUUUCAUCGUUGAACCUUCUACUGCAUACAGAGGCCCUUAUGUCUGCUGUCAGUUUUCUAACAGCUCUUAGUCCAUCAGGCAGUGAAAGUAGAGGAGAGACACCAACUAAAGCUGAAAAGCAAGAAGGUGACACUAAAUUGAAGAAAGUGGCUAGACCUUCCAAGGAUAAGGAUGUCUUUGACUUGAAGCUUUUUGCCAAGUUGGAUGCCUUCUGUUUAAAUAUUUGUGAUGAAAAAAAGAACAUUGCAGAGAUCAAGAUACAAGGUCUUGACUCAUCUCUUCUCCUUCAACCAAGUCACACUGUAUUCUUUGCCCGACUUAAAGACAUAGUUGUCACAGAUGUUGAUUCAAGGACCCUUCAUAAAAAAGCUGUGUCUAUAGUAGGAGAUGAAGUUUUCAGUUUCAAUCUGACAUUAGAUCCAUAUGCUACAGAAGGAGAAGCCUACACUGACAUGUCAAAAGUGGAUGGUACUGUAUCUUUGAAAGUAGGCUGUAUUCAAGUAGUAUACCUUCACAAAUUUCUCAUGUCUCUUCUGGCCUUCUUGAACAACUUUCAGACAGCUAAAGAAGCCCUGAGUGCUGCUACAGUCCAAGCUGCAGAAAAGGCUGCUACCAGCGUAAAAGAUCUGGCUCAAAGGAGUUUCCGACUUGCAAUGGACAUUCACUUGAAAGCACCAGUUAUUGUCAUUCCUCAGUCCUCCGUUUCCCCCAAUGCUAUAGUAAUAGAUCUUGGCUUGAUUAAGGUUCAGAACCAGUUUAGCUUGGUGUCUGCAGAAGGUGGUUCGCUCCCUCCAGUCAUUGACAAAAUGGAUGUGCAGCUGACAAAGCUGAAAAUGUCUAGGACCACUAUGGAAGCAGGUUUGUCGCAUCCAGACAUUCAGAUACUUCACCCUAUUAAUUUAAGCCUCUCUGUGAAACGAAAUCUGGCUGCAGCUUGGUUUCACAAAUUGCCAGUAUUGGAGGUCACAGGAUAUCUGGAUACAAUGAAUGUUGUGUUAAGUCAAGAGGAUUUGAAUAUCUUUCUCAAAGUGUUGACAGAAAACCUUGGUGAAGCAGAAGAACAACAAACUCAUGCAAAAUCAGUGCUGCAAAAGGAAGGUAAAAUCAAAGAAAUGGAGAAAUUGUUUUUGACGCAGGAUAAGAGUGACCCAGAAGGAAUGCUGUCUGAAAAGAGAAAAGGAACAUUAAGUGAAGAUGUAAUCAAUAUGCUACUUAAUUUUGAAAUCAAAGAGGUUGUAAUAACCUUGAUGAAGCAGGUUCAGAAGGAGAGACACCCAUUACAUAUUCUAACAGUGCUACAGCUUGGAAUUGAAACCAAAAUUAGAAAUAAUGAAUUGACUGCAGCAGCAUAUCUGAAAAAAAUUAUUAUGAGAUGCAUUGAAAUAAAAGACUCAAAAGGAGAUCCUCUUUGCAUUAUUAAUUCUUCAAGUGAAACAGAUGACCACCUUCUCAAAAUGGAAUACAUCAAGGCUGAUCCUGAUGGACCAGAUUUUGUUACUACUUACAACAGCACCAAGCAAAACAUCAAUGUCAUCUUUUCAUGUUUGGAUAUAGUACUUCACACAGAGGCUUUGCUUUCCAUCAUGAGUUUCCUCACAUUCAGUGUUCCAUCAGGUGGUCUGCCCGGUACUGAUAAAGCAUCAGACCACAAGCCUCAAAUAAAAGAACAAGAAAAAGGAAGUGCUCUCAGACCAGUGCCUAGUAAUGCAGCCCAUGAUGAUACCUAUGAAUUAAAACUUACUGCAAAGCUAAAUGCAUUCAAUAUUACAGUGUGUGAUCAGACCUGUAGCAUUGCAGACAUUAGAAUACAAGGAAUGGAUGCAUCUGUAGCUAUGAAAACUAAAAAGAUUAAAGUGUUCUCCAGACUUGAGGACAUUGUGAUUACAAACGUUGAUCCAAAAACAAUCCAUAAAAAGGCUGUCUCCAUAGUGGGAGAUGAAGUGUUCAGAUUUCACGUCUCACUUUAUCCAGAUGCUACUGCAGGGGAAGCCUACACUGAUAUGUCAAGGGUGGAUGGAAAAAUGUCUCUGAAAGUGGGCUGCAUCCAAAUAAUUUACCUACAUACAUUCUUCAUGUCUCUCUUGAACUUCCUCAACAAUUUCCAAAUGGCACAAGAAGCCUUGACUGCAGUCACUGUCCAGGCAGCAGAAAUGGCUGCUUCCAGCAUGAAAGACUUUGCUAAAAAGAGCUUCCGCCUCUUAAUGGAUGUCAACUUGAAAGCUCCAGUUAUAGUUGUUCCUGAAUCUUCAACUUCAAAUAAUGCUUUGAUAGCUGAUCUUGGCUUAAUCAGAGUUCAGAAUGAAUUCAAGCUGGUGUCUUCAGAUGAAUCUUCUCUUCCUCCAGUCAUUGACAACAUGGAUGUGCAGCUAACUCAUUUGAAAUUAUCAAGGUGCGUUAUAUCCACAGAUUCUCAACCAGAUUCUGAAAUUCUGCGUCCUGUGAGUUUGACUUUAGUGGUCCAGAGAAAUUUAGCAGCAACUUGGUAUCAUAAAACCCCAACAAUCGGUAUCAAAGGAGACCUAAAACCAAUGCAGAUUGCACUCAGUGAAGAUGAUCUAACUGUUAUCAUGAAAAUUUUACUUGAAAAUCUUGGAGCGGCUUCUUCCCAGGCAAAUACUGUGCAAGAGAACACUGAAGAUACACAGAUAUUUAGAAAAGGGAAAGUUCCAAAUGAAUCUGAGCUCUGUGAGGGUGGUCGUCCUUCAUUUGGAGAAAAAGAUGUUUCUACAGUUGAGUCUUCUGCAGAAUGUUAUACAACGCUGAAAUUUGACUUUAAUUUUGAGUCACUUUCAGUAAUUCUCUAUAAUCGUGAUAUGGAUCAGAAGUCUCUGAUUUCGGUGCAUAGUAACAAAUUACGCCUUGGUGAACUCCGACUGCAUCUCAUGGCGUCAUCAGUGAAGAUGCUUUCGGAUGGCUCAAUGGAUAUUAAUGUUAAACUCAAGGCAUGUACCCUGGAUGAUCUCAGAGAAGGAAUUCAGAAUGUGACUGCGAGAAUGAUAGACAAGAAAGAUGACACAAAUGACAGUUUUAUGAUAGAUAUAAACUACAAGCAGGAUAAAAACGGAACUGAAGUCAUUGCUGUUCUCGACAAGCUGUACAUAUGUGCCAGUAUGGAGUUUUUGUUGACAGUAGCAGAUUUUUUCAUUAACUCAAUGCCAACAUCCUCAAGUGAAAGAUCGGCACAGUUCCAGUUAAAGCAUGGUGCUUCUGGAAAAUCCAAGCCAGAAACAGAAAUGACAAAUAUGACAGUAAAAGCUGUUAUCAUGGAUCCAGAAAUUGUAUUUGUUGCUAAUUUGACCAAUGCUGAUGCCCCUGCCUUAAAAGUUUCCUUCCAAUGUGACUUUUCUCUGACAUCUGGAAAGCUCGCACAAAAGAUGACCGCUCAAGUGCAGGGUUUCAAAGUGUUGGCCUGUGCCUUUCUCAAAGAAAAACAAGACAAGAGUGUUACUACGGUGUUACGGCCAUGUUCAUUAGUUAUGGAAAAUCUGGUGCAUGUCUCAGGGUUACAAACUAUGGCAGUAACAAUAGAAGAACUCAUUAUAAAGAUCUCACCGAUAAUUCUGAAUACUAUGGUGACCAUUAUGGCUGCCAUAAAACCCAAAACAACAGAGGAGGAUUCCAGAGGACCAACUGAAGUUCCUGAGAACUUGUGGCAAGUGAAGCCUAUUGAUGAGUGCAGUGCUUGGUUUCUUGGUGUUGAUGUAGCCACAGAAGCAACAGAAAGUUUUAAGGACCGUGAACAUGUUCUGAAACAAGAGAAAUUUGACAUAGUAGUGAAAUCAGUUCAGAUCACCUUGGAAUGUGGUCUGGGACAUCGUACUGUUCCUUUAUUGUUAGUAGAAUCUGGGUUUACAGGUGUCCUUCAAAACUGGUCCUCGCUGAUGGAGAUCACUGCUGAUAUGUCACUAGAGAUUCAUUAUUACAAUGAAAACUAUGCAGCGUGGGAGCCGCUUAUUGAACGAAUUGAAGGAGGAAGGAAGCAAUGGAGUUUAAAGAUGGAAAUGAAGACUAACCCUGUCCAAGAGAGAAGUUUGAUGCCUGGAGAUGAUUUCAUUGUUCUUCCUGAGCCACAAACUGCAGUUAACAUCUCUUCGAAGGAUACAAUGAAUAUAACAAUAUCCAAAUGUUGUCUUGCUGUUUUCAGUAAUUUAGCCAAGGCAUUUUCAGAAGGGACUGCAUCCACGUUUGACUAUUCCUUUAAAGAGACAGCACCUUUCAUAGUGAAAAAUGCCCUAGGUGUUCCUCUCAAAGUGGUUCCUAGCUCCAAUUUUCGGAUAGUUGGUUCAGUUGAAAAAGAAAAUGUGAAUGAUGUAGAUAUUGGUCAGAGCAUGGAACUGGAAUACUCUAUUUUUGAAACGCCCCAAAGAGGAAAGUUGUCUGCAUUGCACCGACAAGAAAGCAGCAUCUUCGCUUUAAAUUUAGAACUUCAAGGAUAUAAAGAAGUGGUAAACAUUCCCAUAGCCAAACCAGGUCGACGUCUGUACAGCAUAAGAAAACUUCUUGAUGAUAGUUCAGACUCGGUUGUUGUACAGAUAGAUGCUACAGAAGGAAAUAAGGUUAUUACUCUACGAUCUCCUCUGCAGAUCAAGAACCAUUUUUCUAUCCCAUUUAUAAUCUAUAAACUGGUUAGAGAGUCCAAGUCGCUGGAGCCAAUUGGCAUAUCCAAGCCAGAAGAGGAAUUUCAUGUUCCUUUACAUUCCUACAGGUCUCAUCUAUAUGUUAGACCAACAGGAGUGUUUGAGGGUCAGUUUAAAGAGUCCACAACUUACAUUGCCUGGAGGGAAGAGCUACACAGGAGCAACGAAGUCAAGUGCUUGUUACAGUGCCCAGCUGUCGAGACAAACUUCUUACCUCUAAUAAUCAGCUCAACAGCUGUACCUGAUGAACUAAAUUUUAUUUCACCUUAUGGAAAGGAGUGGGAUCCUGCCUACAUUAUCCACCUUCACCCUACACUGACUGUGAGGAAUCUUUUACCAUACUCCUUGACAUAUUUACUUGAGGGAACAGCAGAAACCCGUGAAUUGACAGAAGGGAGUGCUGCAGAUGUUUUUCAUUCAAGAAUCAAUGGAGAAAUAAUGGAGCUUGCAUUGAUAAAAUAUCAAGGCAAAGACUGGAGUGGGCAUUUUAAAAUUUGUGAUGGGAUGCCUGAAUUUUUUUCUGUGUGUUUCACUUGCCAUUCUGCAACAGCGAUGACGGUGGAUAUUUACAUACAUACUAGGCGGAUCGGAAGUCGUAUGAUCUUGUCUGUGUUCAGUCCUUAUUGGAUAAUCAACAAGACUUCCCGGGUUCUCCAGUAUCAGGCUGAAGACACUCAUGUGAAGCACCCAGCAGACUACAGAGAUAUUGUUUUGUUCUCCUUUAAAAAGAAAAAUAUUUUUAGUAAAAAUAAGAUCCAGUUAUGUAUUUCCACUAGCACUUGGUCCAGUAGCUUUUCCCUUGAUACUGUAGGGAGCUAUGGAUGUGUCAAGUGUUCAGCUAACAACAUGGACUAUCUGGUUGGAGUUAGCAUCAAAAUGAGCAGCUUUAACCUUACCAGGAUAGUUACCUUCACUCCAUUCUACACAAUAGCAAACAAAUCUUCUCUGGAGCUAGAAGUUGGAGAAAUUGGUCCUAAUGGCUCUUUUCCAACUAAUAAAUGGAAUUAUAUCUCGGCUUCAGAGUGCCUUCCAUUUUGGCCUGAAAACUCAUCUGGUGAACUUUGUGUGAGAGUAGUUGGUUAUGAAAGCUCAUCCAGACCGUUCCUUUAUACAGCCCAGGAUAAUGGUACUCUGCUGAGGCUGGAGGAAUUGAAUGGGGGUUUACUGGUUGAUGUGAACGUUUCUGAGCAUUCUACUGUCAUAAGCUUCUCGGAUUACCACGAGGGAGCUGCUCCAGCUCUUAUCGUUAACCAUACGCCGUGGGACUCUCUCAGAUACAAACAGAGCGGAUUGCAAGAGGAAAUGGAGUUGAAACCGAACCAAGUAUGCCUGUUUGCAUGGACAGAUCCAACUAAAACAAGAAAAUUGACUUGGGGCUACUCCCAAAAUUUUGGUGAACAUGACCUACUUAAGGAUGAAUGUGGCCAAUUCCCUUACAAUGCAAACACUCAGAUACACUGGGUGUCUUUCCUGGAUGGACGCCAACGAGUGCUACUUUUCACAGAUGAUGUUGCAUUAGUUUCUAAAGCACGACAAGCAGAGGAGCUGGAGCAACCUGAUCAAGAAAUAAACUUGUCACUCCAUAGUCUUGGACUUUCUCUUGUUAACAAUGAAAAUAAAAAAGAAAUCUCUUAUAUAGGAAUUACUAGUUCUGGUGUUGUUUGGGAACUGAAACCGAGGCACAAGUGGAAACCAUUUAAUCAAAAACAAAUAAACCUGUUGGAACAAGCCUAUCAAAAGUAUCUUUCUAAAAGUGCUUUCCAGGCUCCAGGUUGGCAUAAAAUAGACAGCAAUACUGAGGUGAAUUUUAGUAAAGUUCCAAUGGAAAUGCGUCUCCCAGUCAGAUGCAACAUCCGACGCAACUUCCUGUCAGGAAUUCAGGUUGAAUUCAAACAGUCGCCUCACCAAAGAAGCUUACGGGCUCAGUUGUAUUGGCUGCAGGUUGAUAAUCAGUUACCAGGAUCGAUGUUUCCUGUUGUAUUUCACCCUGUAGCCCCUCCCAAGUCGAUUGCUUUGGAUUCAGAACCAAAACCCUUCAUUGACAUCAGCAUUAUCACUAGAUUCAACGAAUACAGCAAAGUUCUACAAUUCAAAUACUUCAUGGUUCUAAUCCAGGAAAUGGCACUGAAAAUUGAUCAGGGAUUUUUAGGAGCACUUAGCGAACUUUUCACUCCGUCAACAGACCCAGAAGCUGAAAGACAAAGGACUAAAUUAAUUCAGCAAGAUGUGGAUGCACUUAACACUGAGCUAAUGGAGGCUUCUUUAACAGACCUGUCAAUGCUCAGCUUCUUUGAGCAUUUCCAUAUUUCUCCAAUAAAGUUGCAUUUGAGUCUGUCUCUGGCUUCUGGUGGAGAAGCAUCAGAUAAGGGGGAAGAAGCGAUAGCCAUCCAUUCUCUGAAUUUGCUGUUGAAAAGUAUUGGAGCUACUCUAACAGACGUAGAUGAUCUUAUUUUCAAACUUGCUUUCUUUGAAAUUAAAUAUCAGUUCUACAAGAGAGACCAACUGAUGAAGAGAGUUGUUAGACACUAUAGUGAACAACUCCUGAAACAGAUGUAUGUUCUUGUGCUUGGGUUAGACGUUCUUGGAAAUCCAUUUGGCUUAAUCAGAGGUUUGUCUGAGGGAGUUGAAGCUUUCUUCUACGAGCCAUUCCAGGGUGCUGUUCAAGGACCUGAAGAAUUUGCUGAGGGCUUUGUAAUUGGUGUUAAAAGUCUUCUUGGACACACAGUGGGUGGUGCAGCAGGGGUGGUGUCUAGGAUCACUGGUUCUGUUGGAAAAGGCUUGGCUGCUAUUACUAUGGAUAAAGAAUUUCAGCAGAAGCGGAGAGAGGAAAUGGGUCGGCAGCCAAAAGACUUUGGUGACAGCCUGGCCAAAGGAGGAAAGGGCUUGUUACGGGGUGUUGUUGGAGGUGUGACUGGCAUAAUCACUAAACCUGUGGAAGGGGCUAAAAAAGAAGGUGCAGCUGGAUUCUUUAAAGGAAUUGGAAAGGGGCUUGUAGGAGUGGUUGCCCGCCCAACCGGUGGCAUCGUAGAUAUGGCAAGCAGUACCUUCCAGGGAAUUCAAAGGGCAGCAGAAUCAACCGAAGAAGUAUCUAAUCUCCGUCCUCCACGUUUCAUUCACGAAGACGGCAUCAUCCGACCAUAUGAUAGAGUGGAAGCUGAGGGUUAUGAUUUAUUUGAGCAAGAACUGGAUUAAUGGAGUAACAUUUUCCAUAUUUCUUCUCUAAAUCCGUCACGGUCUUUUAUCUGCCUUAAAUAUUUAGAUUAAGGGCAUGGUUGCAUUUAACAUGAUCUCCCCGUUCAUAUCUUUGCGCUGUAGCAGUUGAAUAAAACAGUGUUUCAUGUUGUCCAGACUAAGAAAACAAACUAACUUGGAAUAACCAUCUUCAGUAAGGCUAGAUGACUGAGUAAGAUGAGAGGACAGGGUUUGUUUCCUGUGUGUCUGUUUCCCUAAGGGUGCUUAGCUCCUUAUGAAUGGCAGCAGCAGAAGGCAUCUUGAAAAAAAACAAAAUCAUGGUAGGGUAGAUGCUGAGUUAAUUCAUUAACGUUCUCUUAGAGCUGGGGCUGUGGAUGAAGGGAGAAAGCAACAUUUUGAUACUCGUGCAAAAUUUAAAAUAAUUGUAUUGAAUGGAAUUUUCUUCUGUGAAAAUACGUAUUGGUAAUUUCAUGAUACAGAAAUACUGUUUCCAUAUAAAUGCUAAGAAAACUUACUUGUGGUUUCUGUAAUAUGACAUAGGCCUGUCACUUACACAUCUGGUGAACCACUAUACUUCAAGUUACUACUACUGCUUCUUUAUGAAAAUUUUAUCAGUUAAAAAAUGCAGUCAGCUCAGUUGACCCUGAUUUCAUUCACAGAAUCUUCUGGGGCUUUGCUGUUCAAAAUACAUGAACGUACAUGCUGUUCAAACUUUCAGCUGUUAACAUGAAUUUACAUACAUAUAUAUAUAACAUUAAAUUAUAUAUAUUUCUCAAUUAAGUGAUGGUAUAAAUUUCAUUUCUAAUACAACAUCUCAUAAGUUAAUAAGCUAAGCUUAACAAGCUGUUCUCAGAGCAAAUGGCCUGUUAUAUGUAAAAAAACAUUGAGCAGAGACACCUCUCUGCUGCUAAUGCCUUUAAAUUUAGUGGUCAAUAGUUGGCUUAUUUAAUUUAACAUUGUUUAAAAAAAUUAUUUGCUGAAUUUUUAUUUUAGUUAAUUAAGUGAAACUAAGUUCUUGUGAGAGAGAGAGAGAUAUAUCUGAAAGGAGGUUAUAACGAGGUGUGGGUCAGUGUCUUCUCCCAAGUCACAGGCGAUAGGACAAGAAGAAACAGCCUCAAGUUAUGGCAGGGGAGGUUUAGAUUGGAUAUUAGGAAAAAUUUUUACACUGAAAGGGUUAUUAAGCAUUGGAAUGGGCUGUCCAGGGAAGUGGUGGAAGCACCAUCCCUGGAGGUAUUUAAAAGACAGGUAGACGUAGGGCUUAGAGAUACGGUUUAGUGGAGGUUUUUGUCAGAGUUAGGUUGACGGUUGGACUAGAUGAUCUGAAAGGUCCCUUCCAACCUCAGGAAUUCUAUGAUUCUGUGCUAUACCAAGCCAACCAAAUUUCUUCAUGUAAUGAGAUUUUUUUUUUCACUAGAUUUUUUUCCAUCUAUCAAAAAGGAGAAAGUAACACAAUUAACACUGAAAACUGGAUAUUAUGUAGCUUCUGCACAUCUAGUAUUUGUGUUUUUCUUAUAUCUAAAUGGUGUAGACUGGAAGUGUGUACUAACCAAGAGUGAAUGCUCUGUAUAGUUCACUGAAUACUUCUUCCUUUCAGAAAUCAGUUAAAUGAAUACAGGUAGUUUGGGCUGGGGGUUUUGGCUUGGUGUUUUGUUUUGUUUUUAACUAACUGUUUUUGAUUAUUCUGCUAGAGGUUAGUGUUGGGAAGAUUUUGUUCUCUAAUGUAAACUGCAAGCAAGAGGGAGACAGUCUCUUUACAGGGAAUAGGAUAUUUAACAGGGAAGAUGAGUCAGAAAUUUUCUGACUUAUACUCACUUGUAUGUGAAAUAUAGACAUUGGUAGGCAUUAGAGCUCGGCUUAGGAGGAGCAUAUAUGUAGGUCUUAAAAGACCUGCUACUUGGAAGAGUUUUUUUGGUGCAGAGUGAGGACAGUAGCCAGAUGGAUUAGAUCAGUUUACUUCUAUAAACUUGUUUACACAGUGCAUUUUCCCAGAAGUGCUGUUUCUAAUGUAUAUGGGCUAUAUAUAACUGUUGAUCUGUUCAGUCAAUUCAAAAUCUGGAAAGUCAGAUUUGGUGUCUUGCAGGCUAUGUCUCCUGCUCAUGGAGUGAGGCUCAGGAGUACAGAAUGCAUUUGGUUAAACACAAACGCGUGGUAUGUAUAGCUGGAGAAAUCAAAGGGCAAGCAGGGUGACUUUAGGAGAGUUAUUUUCCAAGGAGUAAGUUCUCAGGGGCUGUAGUCUUUGUAUGAGGAGUGUUUGUCGUUGAUGAAAUUUGCUAGAACACACAAUAAAUGCCUUUGGCCUUGCUAGUCUUUGUGUCUUCAAAUGCAGGUAUUGCUGCCUGCUUUGGUGAGGAGAUUGUUUUCUAACCCCAGCACUUAGGGUCUGACAUGAUGCAAUUCAUACAUUAUUCAGUGUCUACGGCUUUACUUUGUUUCAUUUCCUAGUUAAAACGUGGAGCUUUAUAAAGAAUGCAGAACAUUUCAUGAAUAAUUGAGACAUGGUGGUGAGACAGCGUGUGGCAGAGAGAAUACUAUGCGAGGCUUCAAGAAACUGCAGAUUCUAUUUCUGGUUGAGUCACUGUUCCACUGUGUAAAUUUGCAAUGGUUCUUUCAUUUCCAUGUAAAAUAAGAAUGAGUUGAACUUUAAAGUGCUCUCAUAAAAAUAAAAGCUUUUCAUAAA